AUGGCUGUCUUUUUCGGAUAUGGCCAGGACCUGUUCAAUUACGAUCAACAGUACUUCUCUGGAAAAGUCCUCUGGGAUGGAAAGCAGGUUUCUUCAAAGGUGGAAUACGAUGAAUACGUCGUCUAUGAUAAACCUUCAGUCACGCCUAAGGAGCAGCAUGAGCGUCGGAAUAACACCAACAAUGGAUUGCAAGUCACACACCGCUUCAGCCAGGACGAGAAGUCGGGAGCGAGUAUACUCAAUCUUGCUUUUCGCUGCAGACACAGGGUCGAUCGCGAGGUAUUUCACGUAUGCUUCCGUCACCCAACCCCCUCUGAGCGCGAUCCCGACCAGCUGAGUAUGACAGCCGAAGACCUGGUAGAUCUUUGCCUGCACCCUGCGACCCUCCAGUACUCUACCCGUGUCGCCACUGAGUCCCGGUUCUGGUCUCGGGAUCGGUCUACCUUGAGUCUUAUUCUGUCCUUCUCGGAGACAUACAAAACACCUUGCGACUUCUUGUCCAUGUCGUAUCAUAUAGCCACAAGAUCAACCACCAUCUUGAUACGGCAGUCGUUCGAACCCAGACGGCACCGUCCAGACGACCUCGACGAGUACGAUGAGCGUCUGGAAUCUUGCCGCGAUCAUUGGGCGCAUCCACUCGUGAUGCCCGUCAUUCUUCUACAGGUCCAAUUCACACGCUGCGAGGAGACUGUAGCGGAGAAUUCGAUGGAUGUCAUUGCGCUCGAGCAAGAAGUUAGCAGCAACUUGGGUUUCAACAACGCAGAUCCUGCGCUGAGGACGACUCGGAGACGUUUCACAAACGGGAACGACAACGAUACAGCCAGCAAUUGGGGCCCUAUGAACAUGACGAACCUCAUGAAGCAGGCGCACGAUGUACUCAGAGGCACCAUUAAACUUCUUGACACUAUUCGCUGGGUCGAGAGGGCAGCCAAACUUCUGGUAUUGGCGGGAGAUGAGCUUGCAGAGAGGCUCAAUGAGUCCAGGACCCAUCAUAUGACCCGUGAUCUGAACAUGGGCGGUGGCCAAUUUGGCCUCUAUGAGCGUAACAAUUCUCGGCCCCCAUCUCUCGCCGUCCCUGAUCAGGAGGAUACAAGGGAAUACACAAGAGAGGACCCGAGAGAGGACCCGAGAGAUGAGCCAGCGGACCCACCUCUUCGCACAUCAUCAUUGACCGAGGAGCUAGGUGCGCACUGGUAUGAGAUCAGGCAAUAUCUCGAAGCGCUCCUGCGGCUUUCCAUGAGUCUAGAGACGGAACGAAGGAUGGCCGAGGCCCGAUGCCGAGCUCAGAUUGAUAUCAUUUACAGUAGAAUGGCGCAAGAGGACAAUGCUCUCAAUGCACGGAUGGCUGUGACGUCUUCCCGAGACAGUGCCUCUAUGAAGGCUCUCGCUGUCAUCACAGCUGUCUUCCUGCCUGGCGAGUUCAUUGGUACCUUAUUCGGCAUGUCCAUGUUCGACUGGCUGGCCCCCUCAGAGGGCUCCAGUAGUAGUGGAGCAAGCAAGCUGCGCAAGAGGUAUGGCUCGUCUAACGGGGGUGGAAGCAGCGACGAGCACGGGAAUGAGAUCCUCAGCCGCCAGUUCUGGGUCUAUUGGAUCAUCUGCAUUCCUCUUACCCUCAUCAUCAUCGCGUCAUGGCGUGCAUGGUGGGUAAACCAGGACCGUUACUUCCGUCGGCACCUGUCACGGGAGCUGAGCGAGGAGCGUUACUGGACAGAUGAUGGGAAGCCGAGGGACCUGCAGCACAGUUUCAUACACGACUUCUUCUACCUCUCAUCAAGACGUGCCGAAAAGCCUCGCGACCUGCCAUCGUAUUCCAACAACGAGCAUCAGAAUCCUACCGCAAAUAGUAUUGAUAUAGGGAACAUGGAUUGGGGUUUACCACUGGCCAGAAGGCACACGGCGACAUCGACCAUGAUGCGGCAGAAACAGAUACUCGAUGCCAGACAAAAGAGUCUGCGCAACAGGUCUGUCGCCAUAUAA